GUGGAGCAUGAAGUGUGUGGCGGCAGCGGCGCAACGUUCUCACGUAUUGGCAGACUCUGUCGGUCGGAUUACGGUGGUCCAAGAUCGUAUGCGAACGAAUGGACCUCUUUUGUGAAAGCUCGCCUAAACUGCUCCAUUCCCGGCAACUAUCCGUUCUAUUUUGAUCAGAUUGAAGCGACAGCAGUGCCAAUAAAUGGACGCUAUUCAUCCGAGAAUAAGCAGUUCGCCAGGCUCGUGUACGCCGUAUUUCGCAGCCCAUUGGCCGGUAUUUCUUCGUCCGCUAUCUGUGCAUUCGAUAUUCAACAAAUCAACGCGAUCAUCUCGAAAUCAACGUUUGGCCGUCGAAACAGCAUGCAAACAUUGUGGCUGGAUGCGAUGGAUAUUGCAGCGGCAUCAAAGCGUCGUUCUGGCUAG